AUGCUGGCUGGAUCUUCGCGUGGCAUGGCUGUCAUCUUUGAGAAGCAAUACGAGAAGAUGGAGCCCGCGGUCCGCGACGCCGCAUGGCCGACGCCUUCCGGGCGCCGACUCCCGCCGGCACACGGAUUGCGGAAGCUGAACAGCUACUUGAACUGGCGAGACUCAUGCACAUUUAACCAUCUCACCUCGACUAACGUGCUUUCUUGGAUUCUUCUUGUGGAAGAGAAGUCAGAGAUAAUGGACGGCUGGGAUGUGGGCGAGGCUGCCAACCAGAACGUCGAGACCCCCGGCUAG